GCGCGCUCACGACAGCCGGUCCACAGAGCGUGCGUCUUUAACUUUUCUGCGGGACUAGCAGUGAGAUCUCCGGCUGCCGUUUUGUCACGUUUGGAGGCUUUAUUUCCAAAACUUUUUUUAUUUUACCAUCCCUCAAUUUCCCUUUAAUUUCCCAUUAACACACAACACCUGGAGCUCCUCACAGCUUUGCUUCCUCCUCAGUCAAAACUCGACUCCUUUCAUGUGAAGGACCUUGAUCCACACCUGCGAACCAGCCUUUGUGACAGCCAGCAUAGACACACACAAGCAAACAUCCAGCAGCACUGUCGUCCACCAAAAGCUGAAGCAAUCAGCCCGUGAGAGACGCAGACAGCUACUGAAGCAGCCUGUGGGAUAUUUUACGGGCCUGACCAGACAGAGGGGCAGCCAUGUUGAUCAUCUUAGCCUUCAUCGUCCUCUUCCACCUGGCUGCGGCCAUCCUCCUCUUUGUUGCAACCAUUCACAAUGCGUGGUGGGUGGUGACGCCAGUUGGACAGGAAGUGAUACACGCUGACCUGUGGUACUCCUGCAACUCCACCUGCUAUCCUCUGCAGAACAGCCAUACUCCUGAUGCAGCAUAUCUGCAGGCGGUCCAGGCUACCAUGAUCCUAGCCGUCAUUUUAUGUUGCGUCAGCUUCUUCGUCUUCAUCCUCCAGCUCUUCAGGCUCCAACAGGGAGAAAGAUUCAUUUUCACCGCUAUUAUCCAGCUAUUGGCCUCUCUAUGUGUGAUGAUGGCAGCUUCCAUGUACACGGCUCAGAAAGACAGCUUCCACUCGAGCGAUCUUAAGAAAGGCUCCUACGGUUCCUCCUAUAUCCUGGCCUGGAUCAGCUUCCCCAUGACUCUCAUCAGCGGCCUCAUGUACCUGGUGCUCAGGAAGCGCAAAUAGAUGUGAUAAGCUUGACGCACGGGCAUGAAGAUUUUAUAGAAUACAAACAGGAACACUUGGACACACAUGCGUAAAGACAUACACUUUUCCUCAACAACCAUGCAUGCAAACAUUCUCUCACUAACCAUUAGAUGUUAUAAUACCAUUGGAGAUAAGGAAAUACAGCACAAAUCCACAAUAACUUCAAAUCUCAGGCUCAGAACUAGACAAUUCACCAAAGAAAAAAGCAUUCAGCAACACAUUUUGUACACUGUACACACUCAAAACCCCAAGUAGUCACACACCCUUCUCCUUCCUGAUGGCACAUUGUUCUCACUGAAUGUGGCAAAGGUACACAAGGACUCUCUAAACACAGAGUUUGUUAAGUUGUCAGGCUGCACUGUAUACUUUAUUUCUGGAUUAAAGCAUCAGAAACACAGCUGAUGGUUGACUGGAGAGACCCUCUGUGACAGCCACUAAAAUAUGUUGCUGUAAACGUUUUCUCAUACGAACGCCAGACGGUAUCAGGAGAAUCAGGUCCACACACUGACUUUCACACAUGUGGCACACAACAGGAGUUAGUCCGUGUCAGAGGCGUUCUCACCUACCUAUACUCAGUUUGGUUUAGGCGAGGGGUGGCGCCUGGGUAGAGCGUGCAGGAGGCAGGGCAUGACACGGAUCACGCUGCAGUCACGUAGCUGGCUUCGCAAUUUGAUCAUAAACAACAGAGUCUCUUGCUGUCCCUUGAAUUCGUCUGACAAUUUUGGCCUCGGCCCUUGCUAGAAGAAGUUCCCUUAUCUCGUCAUCUCUCGUUGCCGUCUUCAUGUAAAUGACCUUCUUCUUCAUCCUAAGAUGGUUUCGCAUGAGCCUCAAGAUAGAAACGUCUUUCACAUGCCCACUUGCUCGCUGUGAAUUCUCCGCUUUAUUUACACAUGGGCUCAAUCUGACAUCACACUGUCUUUGUAGGGAGCUGGCAGGAUGAAGUCAGUUUGAUAUCCAGUUUAAUUGAUUUGGGCAUUUGCCUUCUCACAUAAUGUCUGCGUAAUGUCUUGAUAAUUUCAGGUUCACAGGGCACGUGUGAAAGGGGCUCAUGAUUCAUAUUUUGUUUGAAAAGUUAAAUCAUACUUUUGCCAGCUAGGUGCCGGAUAGAUUCAUUUACAGGAAGUUGAGGUCAAAUCUAAGCAUUACAGAUCAGCACCACACAUGCACCCUGCUGCAUUCAGCACACACUCACUGCUCUGGAUAGAAAAAGGUCCCUGAGGCUCCUUGCUGCAUUUCGUGAGAACAUGCCCUCUCAAUCCUCUCCUCCCUUUGCCCCCUAGCUACUACACAGGACAUGAGCAGUGUUCCAACAUACUGAUUUGUCUCCUCGUCCUGCUUCCUAUUCAUAGGAAGGAACCUGUCUGAAAUAUCUGAUGACAAAGGAUAACAGUCGAAGACAAGUGGGGAGAUUUGUCUUACUGGGACUUUCCAAGAGGUCCAUACUCUUUUUUUGUGAAUCUAUAGUCAACUGAAUUAAUUUUGUACAUAUUUGCUGUGUAUGUAUAGUUAAGGUUACUGCCAAAAGCUUAUUUCUAAGACUGAAAUACUAAAAUUAUAUAUAUAUAAAAGACAAAAAAAGAGAAUCUUAUGUUAACCAUAGCAUACAGGAUGUGUAGUGAGGCACUAGUUUAGGUAUAAUAUGCAGGAUUUUAACUCGUUGUUUGUAUUCUUCUGUUACUGACUUGUGUUUUAAUGGUGAAAAAGGAACCAAUGAUGUGCUGUGAUAUUCGGGAUUUGAAAUGACAACGUAGGAUCACGCAAACUUGAAAUAAGAAUUUCUUUGUUACUAUUAUGCUUCUUUGUUCACAGCUCCACUGAAAAAAAGACAAAGCUAUUUAUUGUUUAAAACCACUGUUGUGUAUUUUAGCAUCAUGUGACUGAGGAUGUAUAAAGUAAUUAAGGCUUGCCAUAUUUUUUCCCUCUCUCGCCGGGCUACUGUUUAUUUGGUCCAUUAGUGAAACAUCUCUAUCAACCCUAUGCACAUGUGUGCUCUGGAAUUUAACAACAAUAAAUGUGCCAUUGUACUGUACACUGUAAAAUCUGAGAAGUUGAUCUUACUUUAAAAAAAUCUAGGUAAUCGAAUGCCUUAAAAAAAAAAAGGUAAGUAAACAUAACUAUAAAUCUAUCUAAAAUCUAUACAAAAUUGUUAAGUUUCCUUAAAAUGUAGUUUUAUUCACACAUCAUUUUAAGUUGCAACAACUUAAUUUUGUGAAGUUGCUGCAUGGAGUUAUCCAAGCUCCAUCAUAUGCCAAAUCCUCUCUGACAUGAUUACAUUAUUUCAGACUAAACUGGUUCACCAAGGUUGCUAGAAAGAUCAACUUAAUGUUACUUGUCUUUUUAAGUUGCUAAGUUGUUAAGUUAAUAUUGUGUGUUAAGUUGUUACAUUCGAAAAACGACAAGUGAAAUCAACUUCUACCUUGAUGUCUUACUUGUUUAGCUUAUUCUAACUUGUCAUUUUUAAGUUGCAACAAUGUCAUAUUUUGAAGUUGUUGCAAGUUAAAAAUGACAAGUUUAAAUUGCAACAACUUCAUAUUAUGAAUUUGUUGCGACUUAAAAAUGACACGUGAAAUCAACUUGCUCUACAUUAUUGUCUAACUUGUUUAGCUUGUUCUAACUUGUCAUUUUUAAAUUGCAACGUCAUAUUUUGAAGUUGUUGCAAAUUACAAAUCACAAAAUUACAAAUUUAAGUUCCAACAACUUCAUAUUAUAAGUUUGUUGCAACUUAAAAAUGACAAAUCAACUUGUCCUACCUUAUUGUCUAACUUGUUUAACUUGUUGUCAUUUUUUUUAAAAAUCGCAACAACUUAAUAUUGUGAAGUUGUGCAACUUACAAAUGACAAGUGACAUUAACUUAAAGGUGAUAGCUACAAGUUUAAUUGUAUUGACGAAUGCUCGUGGACUUUUUUUUUUUUUUUUUUUU